AUGGCACCAAAAAUGCGACUGCCGUCGGGCAGAGCGAUUUUGAACCUUAUUUCCGUCGAGACAGAGGAGGGAUUGGGCAGAACGCAGACGAUGCUCGCGAACGAGGAUCUGAAGCCUGUUGAACCUGCACGACGGCAAUGGGGACCCUGGAAUUUUGUCGGCUUCUGGAUUGCCGACUCCUUCAACAUCAACACAUGGAUGAUCGCCUCCUCCAGUGUCGUUGCCGGUCUGUCGUGGUGGCAGGCGUGGAUUUGCGUCUGGGUCGGUUACUCUACUGCGGGUGCCUUCGUUGUUGCAACAGGACGUAUUGGUGCCACUUAUCACAUCGGAUUUCCAGUCGCCAGCCGUGCUUCUUUCGGGGUCUGGGGUGGACUUUGGCCUGUUUUUAACAGGUCUGCAAUAGCUUGUAUCUGGUAUGGUGUUCAGGCAUGGAUUGGUGGCCAGUGUGUUACUCUCAUGAUUACAGCUAUUUGGCCUCGAUAUGAGCAGCUCCCGAACUCAAUGCCUGCCAGCUCCGGAACUACCACCAAGGAUUUCCUUUCCUUCUUUCUCUUCUGCUUAUGCUCGCUCCCAGCAUUAUACCCACACGUUCACCAAAUCAGGUAUUUGUUUACGGUCAAGUCCUUCGUCGUUCCAGUCGCAGGAAUUGCCUUCUUUAUCUGGAGUGUGGUCAGAGCUAAGGGGCUGGGACCAGUUGUCAACAAACCGAACGUCAUCCACGGCAACAAACUUGCCUGGGCAAUCAUUAAAGGCAUCAUGUCCUCUAUUGCGAACUUCAGUGCGUUGAUUGUUAACGUACCCGAUUUCUCUCGUUUUGCAAUCAAGCCAAAGGAUGCCUUCUGGUCGCAGCUAUUCACCAUCCCAGUCGGAUUCGGCAUAACUUCAUUCAUCGGCAUCAUCGUGUCCUCAUGCUCGGUGGUCAUCUUCGGCGGCGAACCCAUCUGGAACCCUCUCGACCUUCUUAGCAAAUUCCUAGAGGAAGGCGGCCACGGCAACCGCGCCGGCGUCUUCUUCAUCGCCGCCUCCUUCACCCUCGCGCAACUCGGCACAAACAUCGCCGCCAACUCCGUGUCCGCCGGAGCCGACUUGACGGCCCUUCUCCCACGCUACAUUACCAUCCGUCGCGGCGGCUACAUCUGCGCCGCCGUCGGAUUCGCCAUGUGCCCAUGGACCCUCCUCUCCUCAAGCAACAACUUCACCACCUACCUCUCCGCCUACUCCGUCUUCCUCUCCUCCAUCGCCGGCGUCAUGCUCAGCGACUACUACAUCGUGCGCAAAGGCUACCUACAGAUCAAGGACCUAUACACGGCUAAGAAGACAGCGCCAUACUAUUUCACCUACGGCUUUAACUGGCGCGCUUACGCGGCCUACAUUGCCGGGAUCUUAAUCAACAUCGUCGGCUUCGUGGGCGCCAUUCGCGAGCCGACAGGAGGGCCGUCCGCGCCGCUUGGGGCGCAGUAUUUGUACAAUCUGAACUACUUCUGCGGGUUCAUCGUGGCGGGGAUAGUGUACUAUGGGCUGUGCCGAAUCAGCCCUGUGCCGGCAGUCAGCGCUACGUGGCUUGAGGUUGGGGAUGCGAUUGAUAACCCGCAUCUGGCGGACAGCGAUAGCGAGGAGGAUGAUAAGGCUGGGGCUACGAUGUAUGAGGAUUGGGGGGGGGGGAGGCGCGGGGCGUCGGAGGAGAUUGUGUAG